AUUUAUAUGUGGGUAGAUUAAGAUGUAGGGUAGGUUGCAGCGGCAUGCGAGAAAAUAAUAAAUCAGUCUAUACUCAGCUAUGGUGGUUUCAUUAUACAAUUCAUAACACUUUACAUGGCGCAGCCGGAAAAAAGACUUAUAUAAUGUAAAAUUAUAGAUAAAGUGUAAAAACUCUGUUCGGUUAUAAGUAAACUUGUGUGUCGUUAUUAAUAAAUAAGUAUUGUGAAAGUGAGGAUCGUUUAUCACCACAAUGGAGUCAGUGCUGCAUCCGCCAUUACCGUUCAAAUUUGAGAACAAUUUAGUGAACGUUACAUCGGGAAAUUUAUGCAAAGAAUGGGAUAAAUGGAAAAAAGCCUUUUUAAUUUAUUACGAAGCUUGUGAAAUCGCGAAAAAACCACAAAAGGUUCAAAUUAACAUUUUACUGCAUAUAAUAGGUGAUAAGUGCCGCGAGGUAUAUGACCAGUUUAGCGAAGAGUCAAAAACUGUAGAUGAGUUGUUAAAGAAGUUUGACGAAUUUUUUGAACCCAAAAAGAACCUCGCCGUAGAGAGACACAAAUUCUUCACACGGAACCAGCAGGAGUUCGAAUCUAUUGAACAGUAUGUCUUUGAAUUAAAUGUGAUGGCGGCAAAGUGUGAGUUUAAAGAUCUGUGCAGUGACCUCGUGAGGGAUCGGUUAAUAUGCGGUAUUCAGGAGACAAGCUUGCGGGAACGACUUCUACGAGAAAGUGACUUGACGCUGCAAAAAGCUAUAGAAAUAUGUAGGCUAGCCGAAAUAUCCCGUGCUCAAGCUGGUCACAUAAAGCAGGACAAUGUGGAACAUCAUGUGCAUGAAAUCAAAACUAAGCAAAAAAUAGCGAUGGAACGUCAAGGUCAACCGAGCUGUUGUUAUAGACAAGAACAUGAGGAUACAGAGGAUAAGGCGGUGCAUGCGGUCAGCGCGAACAAUCGCGGGCGCCGCCGCCGUGGAUCGUGGCGCGGAGGGCGCCCCGGACAGGCACACGCAGCUCCCGGGCACGACAACCUGCCAGCGGCGCGCGGCAAUUGGCAGCGGUCGUCACAAACCAACAGGACUGGCGGCCAUAGCUGUUCGAGAUGUGGGUCUACACAUAAAAGAUUCCAGUGUCCAGCAUUUGGUCAGCUGUGUGACAGGUGCCAUGGACGAAAUCACUACUCGAGAAUGUGUCGCGUGUAUGAAAUAAGAGGGGAAUCCACCGAUGAGGUAAAUAAUAAAUUUAAUAAUGAUAAUGAGUGGUCUGUAACUGUAUCCAUUAACAAUAAGAAUAUUAUGUUUGAACUGGACACGGGAGCUGAGGUAAAUGUUUUGCCAGAAAGAAAAUUGCCAAUUGUGCUAGUAGAACAGGUUAAAAAUAAAUUGAAAGAAAUGCAGGAUCAAGGCAUCAUCGCAAAAGUUGAAGGACCCACCGACUGGAGGAUGUUGCUAAGAUUACAGCCGUACACUUUUAAUUUAAUAUACAAGCCUGGUAGAUACUUAUAUAUAGCCGAUGCGUUAUCUCGUGCGGUGCAGGCCGGCGCGGGCGGCGAUGACAACACACGGGCGAGCGACCUCGACGUGCGCGCGCAGGUGUGCGCCAUCUCGGCAAGCAACCCGCUCACUGAUACGCACUUCUUACAAAUACAAAAAUGCACGCAAGAUGAUGCUGAAUUGAAAGAGCUAACUAAAACUAUAAAAAGAGGAUGGCCAGAUCAUAAAAAAGAUCGGCUGCUCCUGCGCUGUUCGAGUGGCUUCGUAAAUCAGGACUAUUAA